AUGCCAGAAUCACUAAACUCAUUUGGAGAAGUGAAUAUGAAUCCACUGAAAGAGAUCUCGAGCAAUGACUACAGAACAAUUUCCUGCGGCGAAACGUUAGAUGUUCCUGCAUCUCAUCCAAUAAAUGACAAUAUCAAGAAAGUUGUUAAAGAGGAACCAUUAACGGACAAUGAUUGUGAUUUAAAUUAUGAAGAGGAGCAGAAGACAAUGGCAACAACACAUUUUGAGAACGCUCCGAAUCUCGAAAAAGUAAAGACGGAAAAUGAUGAGACAUCUUACGAAAAUGAGGUUUUUGACGGAGCUGCGUCAAUAAGGAAUGAUGGAAUUAGCAUGUUGCCAAACAUAGUAGCCGCUGGAAACGACAAAGCCGUGACUUCAGCAACCAGUUUUCUAAAUCAUCCAGAUUUGUCCGAACAAGAAUAUGCCAAUGUGCUGGAAAAAAUUAUGCGGGAAGGAACAUAUGGGAACUUGAAGCCGCCAUUCUCAUAUAUUUCAUUGAUAACUAUGGCUAUCCAAAAGUCAGCUGACCGCCAGUUGACACUUGCAGAAAUCUAUGAUUGGAUUAUGAUGCUUUUCCCGUUUUACCUGAAUAAUCAACAAAGAUGGCAAAACUCGGUUCGCCAUUGUCUAUCGUACAACGAUUGUUUUGUGAAAGUUGACAGAUCCUUAUGGAAACCAGGCAAAGGUUGCUACUGGACACUCCACAAGAAUUGCGGAAAUAUGUUUGAAAAAGGAGGCUAUCUUCGCCGUCAAAAGCGAUUCACGGUCAAGAAGCGUCAGCAGCCGGAGAGUAAGAAGAACGCUCACUUACAACAUGUCUUGUUUCCCGAUACACAGCUACUGGCUGCAGCAACGCUAGAGUAUGAAGCCGAUAUAAAGGCAAUGCAGGAUGCGACGUCAACAACUGCGGUAACUGUUCCGGUCUCACUUGAUAAUUCGGCCUGCGGUGAAAUUGGUAAUAGUAUGUAA